AUGAUAUCCCUCUCCAAGACGCCCCUCCCACCGCCCCUCCUCGCUUCCCCGCGCGGCACCCCCUUCGAGCGCGCCGUGUGGUCACUCACUCACCAAAUCCCCGCCGGUUCGUUUAGCACCUAUGCCCUGCUCGCCACAUAUCUCAAGUCUUCCCCGCGAGCUGUAGGAAACGCCCUGCGACGAAACCCUUUUGCGCCCGAAGUACCCUGCCACCGCGUAGUCGCAACAGGCGGCACACUAGGCGGCUUCAAGGGCAAAAUUGCCCGGCGCGACGGCGAGGGCAUCACGCUGGCCGAGAAGCGGGCGCUGCUGCGCAAGGAAGGGGUCCGGUUCGACCCUGUGAGCGGCCGGGUGCUCGGGACGCCGUUUGCCGGGUUCAUUUGA